AUGAAGAUGACGUAAAUUUUGAUUAUCCUAUCUUGCCUAUAAGUGUCAGAUAGUUAGUAUAGUACCACUCUAAGCUCAUAUUACUAAUAUAAGAUAUUUGAUUUUAAUAGAGAUAUUAGAGACCAAAAUGAAGCAAUUUGUUUUUCAUAUGGGAUUUUUACAAAAUAUCUUCCUCUAAGUAAUUUCUCACAAGUUGGAUAAGUAGGCAUAUUCGAUAGCAAUUGCUUUCAUAUUCAUAGUGCCGUUGGAUAAACAACAGGUUAAAUAAACUUUUUAUAUUAUGAUUGUUUAGAUUUUGAGAAAUUUACAAUAGAGAAAUGGAUUUCUUUUAUUGGAAGCGAUGGUGUAAUUUAUUAAACAUCGCUCCCAUUAGACAUCUUUACUUAUGAAAGUUUUUGGUAUUUUUUCAGUUUAAUGAUAAUCCCAAACGAGAAUACAAUUAUUUUAAGUAUAUAAAAGGGAGAAAACUUGCUAUAUAAUAAAGAGAUCAAAAUUGAAUAUCCAUAUUAUGAUAUGAACCUAGAUUUAGUUUUUGGAGGAGGGUUAUAAUUAAAUAGCAACUAAGUCCUUUAAACGCAAUAUAUUUCAAAGCUCUCUUUCUUUCCUGGUUAGAUUUCAUUAGUGAUGCCUUCUUUUUCCUAUACUAUGGAUUUUUGCUAAAUUUCAAUUUUGUAAAAUUUUGGUAAGAAUUAUAAAAACGAAUGCAAAUGCAUUAAAAAUAAAAUUUCAAAAAUUCCUGACUCAGUAAUUUCAAAAUUUGAUCAGCAUUACUUUACAUCUGAAUAUCUAAAUUGCAAUUUUUUCAAUUUGUAAUCUUGGAUCAGAAUCUAAGAAAGAAAAUAAUAUAUCAAAUAUCUUUACUUAUAACUGAUAAAAGUCUACCCCAACUUUCAAUAAAAAUAAUUGAAGGAUGAAAACCUAUCACCGUUUUAACUUUAUUAUAAAUUGACUGAAAAUACGAAUCAAAUCAUAAUAAAAACUUAUAGUUACACUCUACCAUCCGUCAAUAUAGACUUUGAAGAGGAUCCUUUUUUAAUUACUCACACAUUUGACAUUGAUUUAAAUAUUUAAUUAUGGCAUUACCUAAUUGUGACGAAAAACAAGAAUUCAAUGAAAGUUAACAUAUUCUUUUAUGAUGGAUUAACAAUUUAAGAUUAUUCUUUUGAAAGCUAAGUGAAUCAAUUUAACCAAAUUCAAUUUUAAAUAUAAUACGGUAAUUUAUUGUAAACUUCGAAUGAUGCACGAAUAGAAAUUGUAAACAUGAGAUUUUUCAAUUGUUAUGAAAGUACCCUCGAAAAUAUAUAAUGUCAUACUUCUUGUUUAAAAUGCGAUGGGCCAACAAAAUUUGAUUGUUUAUCUUGUGAUAAUUCUUUAAAUAGGAUUUAUAUAAUUGAAAGGAAGUCGUGCGUAUGUCUCAUAGGAACAACAGAAUAAGAUGGGGUAUGUAAGAACUAUAUCAACUUUGAUUUAAAAAUUGUUGAAGAAAUUAAACAAGUAGACAAGUGUUCAUAUGGUUAUUUUGAAUUUGAAGAUGAAUGCUUGAAAUGGUAUUCAUAUUCAAUAGUUUAGCCCCUCAUUGAUAAGAGAAAACUAAAUAACUUGCAUCGAGUGUCUUCUUAAUCCAGAAACCUGGAUAAGCAACCCGUUUUGUGAAUAUGACUUUGUAAAAGAUAAAUUAAGAGGGCCUUUCGAAAAAAUAACCAAUGGUAGAAUAGACUUUAUAUUUGAUGGUAACGAGCUUAAAGUUUGUGAGGAUUGUGAAAAUUCUCAAGAUAUAUUUUAAGAUUAUGUUGAGACCAAUCAUAGUUUUAAAAAAUUAUGUAACAUGUGCAAACAAGAUUUANAUUGGAAGCGAUGGUGUAAUUUAUUAAACAUCGCUCCCAUUAGACAUCUUUACUUAUGAAAGUUUUUGGUAUUUUUUCAGUUUAAUGAUAAUCCCAAACGAGAAUACAAUUAUUUUAAGUAUAUAAAAGGGAGAAAACUUGCUAUAUAAUAAAGAGAUCAAAAUUGAAUAUCCAUAUUAUGAUAUGAACCUAGAUUUAGUUUUUGGAGGAGGGUUAUAAUUAAAUAGCAACUAAGUCCUUUAAACGCAAUAUAUUUCAAAGCUCUCUUUCUUUCCUGGUUAGAUUUCAUUAGUGAUGCCUUCUUUUUCCUAUACUAUGGAUUUUUGCUAAAUUUCAAUUUUGUAAAAUUUUGGUAAGAAUUAUAAAAACGAAUGCAAAUGCAUUAAAAAUAAAAUUUCAAAAAUUCCUGACUCAGUAAUUUCAAAAUUUGAUCAGCAUUACUUUACAUCUGAAUAUCUAAAUUGCAAUUUUUUCAAUUUGUAAUCUUGGAUCAGAAUCUAAGAAAGAAAAUAAUAUAUCAAAUAUCUUUACUUAUAACUGAUAAAAGUCUACCCCAACUUUCAAUAAAAAUAAUUGAAGGAUGAAAACCUAUCACCGUUUUAACUUUAUUAUAAAUUGACUGAAAAUACGAAUCAAAUCAUAAUAAAAACUUAUAGUUACACUCUACCAUCCGUCAAUAUAGACUUUGAAGAGGAUCCUUUUUUAAUUACUCACACAUUUGACAUUGAUUUAAAUAUUUAAUUAUGGCAUUACCUAAUUGUGACGAAAAACAAGAAUUCAAUGAAAGUUAACAUAUUCUUUUAUGAUGGAUUAACAAUUUAAGAUUAUUCUUUUGAAAGCUAAGUGAAUCAAUUUAACCAAAUUCAAUUUUAAAUAUAAUACGGUAAUUUAUUGUAAACUUCGAAUGAUGCACGAAUAGAAAUUGUAAACAUGAGAUUUUUCAAUUGUUAUGAAAGUACCCUCGAAAAUAUAUAAUGUCAUACUUCUUGUUUAAAAUGCGAUGGGCCAACAAAAUUUGAUUGUUUAUCUUGUGAUAAUUCUUUAAAUAGGAUUUAUAUAAUUGAAAGGAAGUCGUGCGUAUGUCUCAUAGGAACAACAGAAUAAGAUGGGGUAUGUAAGAACUAUAUCAACUUUGAUUUAAAAAUUGUUGAAGAAAUUAAACAAGUAGACAAGUGUUCAUAUGGUUAUUUUGAAUUUGAAGAUGAAUGCUUGAAAUGGUAUUCAUAUUCAAUAGUUUAGCCCCUCAUUGAUAAGAGAAAACUAAAUAACUUGCAUCGAGUGUCUUCUUAAUCCAGAAACCUGGAUAAGCAACCCGUUUUGUGAAUAUGACUUUGUAAAAGAUAAAUUAAGAGGGCCUUUCGAAAAAAUAACCAAUGGUAGAAUAGACUUUAUAUUUGAUGGUAACGAGCUUAAAGUUUGUGAGGAUUGUGAAAAUUCUCAAGAUAUAUUUUAAGAUUAUGUUGAGACCAAUCAUAGUUUUAAAAAAUUAUGUAACAUGUGCAAACAAGAUUUAAUUCAAGAAGAUUGCUAUCCAAAUAUUAUGUAAAAUUGUAAUAAAUGUGAAAUCUAAAUAUCGAAAUUUAUGUGCUUAAAAUGCCAGUUGAGUAUGAUUUUAGAAAAUGAAGUGUGUAAAUACAAAAGUAUUGGAAAGAAUUCUAAAAUUUGUUAAACUCCUUAUUAUGAAACCAUGGAUAAGAAUUGUAACUUAUGUCCUAUUGAGAAUUGUCUUUAUUGUUUUGAAUACCUACAAGAUGAUUACAAAUAAAACACUUUAUUUAAUUAAGAUCAAUUCAGUAAAAUUGAUAAGUAAGUAUUGGUAGGGUGUGCAUAAUGCUUAGAUGGGUUUAUUUAUGAUUUUACAAUUGGCUUAUGCAUUUACAAAGAACCUAUAAUAUAGAAUUGUCUGAGAUCAUUUAUAAACCAAUAAGGCACAGAGUUAUGUACACUAUCUACUGAAGAUGAUUUUACAAUGGCUCCUGAAUUAUAUGAUUGUUAAAAACUCAUUCUUAAUUGUAGAUAAUGUUUAUAGACUCUUGAUUCUAUUUUAAAGUGUAUUAUUUGCGAAGAGGGUUAUGCUACCUCUAUUAGCUCAGGUUUGUGCAUAAAUUUUCAAGCCAAGAAUAAUGAAAAACACAUUGUUUUAUGGCAUGAUUUCAACUUUUGGAAAAUAUCUGUCCAAAGUUUUUCAAUUUUAUUUAUGAACACGAAUCCAAUUAAUCUAUCAAAUUUGAGUUAGUUUUACACUUACCCUAUUGAAUGUUUGAGUGGUUAUUCAAUAAUUCAAAAAGAAUGCAUAAAAUAUUGCAACAACAUUUGCUAGGAUUGCCUAAAACUAGAGAUGUUAGGAGAAUUUAAAUGUACUUAAUGUUCUGAAAAUGANGAUGGGGUAUGUAAGAACUAUAUCAACUUUGAUUUAAAAAUUGUUGAAGAAAUUAAACAAGUAGACAAGUGUUCAUAUGGUUAUUUUGAAUUUGAAGAUGAAUGCUUGAAAUGGUAUUCAUAUUCAAUAGUUUAGCCCCUCAUUGAUAAGAGAAAACUAAAUAACUUGCAUCGAGUGUCUUCUUAAUCCAGAAACCUGGAUAAGCAACCCGUUUUGUGAAUAUGACUUUGUAAAAGAUAAAUUAAGAGGGCCUUUCGAAAAAAUAACCAAUGGUAGAAUAGACUUUAUAUUUGAUGGUAACGAGCUUAAAGUUUGUGAGGAUUGUGAAAAUUCUCAAGAUAUAUUUUAAGAUUAUGUUGAGACCAAUCAUAGUUUUAAAAAAUUAUGUAACAUGUGCAAACAAGAUUUAAUUCAAGAAGAUUGCUAUCCAAAUAUUAUGUAAAAUUGUAAUAAAUGUGAAAUCUAAAUAUCGAAAUUUAUGUGCUUAAAAUGCCAGUUGAGUAUGAUUUUAGAAAAUGAAGUGUGUAAAUACAAAAGUAUUGGAAAGAAUUCUAAAAUUUGUUAAACUCCUUAUUAUGAAACCAUGGAUAAGAAUUGUAACUUAUGUCCUAUUGAGAAUUGUCUUUAUUGUUUUGAAUACCUACAAGAUGAUUACAAAUAAAACACUUUAUUUAAUUAAGAUCAAUUCAGUAAAAUUGAUAAGUAAGUAUUGGUAGGGUGUGCAUAAUGCUUAGAUGGGUUUAUUUAUGAUUUUACAAUUGGCUUAUGCAUUUACAAAGAACCUAUAAUAUAGAAUUGUCUGAGAUCAUUUAUAAACCAAUAAGGCACAGAGUUAUGUACACUAUCUACUGAAGAUGAUUUUACAAUGGCUCCUGAAUUAUAUGAUUGUUAAAAACUCAUUCUUAAUUGUAGAUAAUGUUUAUAGACUCUUGAUUCUAUUUUAAAGUGUAUUAUUUGCGAAGAGGGUUAUGCUACCUCUAUUAGCUCAGGUUUGUGCAUAAAUUUUCAAGCCAAGAAUAAUGAAAAACACAUUGUUUUAUGGCAUGAUUUCAACUUUUGGAAAAUAUCUGUCCAAAGUUUUUCAAUUUUAUUUAUGAACACGAAUCCAAUUAAUCUAUCAAAUUUGAGUUAGUUUUACACUUACCCUAUUGAAUGUUUGAGUGGUUAUUCAAUAAUUCAAAAAGAAUGCAUAAAAUAUUGCAACAACAUUUGCUAGGAUUGCCUAAAACUAGAGAUGUUAGGAGAAUUUAAAUGUACUUAAUGUUCUGAAAAUGAUUAUUACUGA